AUGACGCCAGCCCACAUGGUCCCGCCAACAAACGCAGCACUGUACCAUCGACAAACCAUGGAGAAGCCGCCACAGAGCCCCGCGCCAAGGCCCAGUGCAGCUCUGACGGUGGCUGGUCUGGGCUCUGGUCUGACUGAGGCUGUGGUCGUCAACCCGUUUGAAGUGGUCAAAGUCAGUCUCCAGGCCAACAGGGACUCCUUCAAAGAGCAACCCUCGUCCUUCGCUCAGGCGAGGAGGAUCAUGAACGCUGGUGGGUUUGGUCUGAACGGACUGAACAGAGGCCUGACCUCCACUCUGGGCCGACACGGCAUCUUCAACAUGAUCUACUUUGGCUUCUACUUCAACGUCAAAGAUGCCUUCCCCGCCAGCCAAGACCCGACCCUGGAGUUCAUGAGGAAGUUUGCGAUCGGCCUGGUGUCUGGGACCAUCUCCUCCUGUGUGAACAUCCCCUGGGACGUGGCCAAGAGCCGCAUCCAGGGGCCACAGCCGGUCCCUGGGGAGAUCAAGUACAAGACCUGCAUCCAGACCAUGAAGCUGGUCUACAAGGAAGAGGGGUGA